CAAGCCCAUUCGUGGCUGGGUUGACGGCGUCUUUGACCUCACCCACUAUGGUCAUGCCAAUGCCCUCCGUCAAGCCCGAGCCCAGUGCGAUUACCUUGUUGUCGGCUGCCACAGUGACGAGGAUGUGACCAAGCAUAAGGCUCCGCCGCUCCUGAGCGAGGAUGAGCGCUACGCCAUGCUCCGCGCGUGCAAGUGGGUUGAUGAGGUCGUCGAGGCGGCUCCGUACGUGACCCAGGUCUCGGUCCUGGACGAGCACAACAUCGACUUUUGCCUCCACGGCGAUGACCCGACGUUCACCGCUGACGGCACCGACUGCUACGCCGAGGUCAAGGCUGCCGGCCGGUACCGCGAGUACCCGCGGACGCCGGGCGUGUCGACGACCGAUCUCAUCGCGCGGAUGAUGGUGGCGCUCGAUGCCAUGGACGCCGGCGAGAAGGACGGGGUGCCGACAGCGCUCGCCGAGUCGCGCGAAGAGUACAUCUCGUCGCGGUUCACCAAGGGCUCCGACUUUAUUGCCAACUCGUACAAGAUUGCCCAGUUUGCUCGGACGGUGGCGCCGCCCAAGCCCGACGACACGGUGGUCUACGUCGACGGCGCCUUUGAUGUUGCCCACGCUGGCCACAUGUCGCUCCUUGCCAAGGCCAAGGCCCUCGGCACCUACCUUAUUGUCGGCAUCUACGACGACGCCACCGUCAACUCGUUCAAGGGCGGCAAUCUGCCCAUCUGCACCCAGCACGAGCGCGCGCUCUCGCUCCUCUCCUGCCGCCACGUCGACGACGUCGUCUUUGGCGCCCCACUCUUCCUCACCGCCUCCUACCUCGACGCGCUCGGCGUCGACGUCGUCGUCCACGGCACCGUCCUCGACCAGCCGUCCAAGCUCGAGGCCGACCCCUACCGCAUCGCCAAGGAGCGCGACAUCUUCCGCACUGUCGAGAGCGACUUCCAGACCACAACCACCUCCAUCCUUGAGCGCGUUCGCCUCAACCGCUCCAUCUACGAGGAGCGCAACCGUCGCAAGCAGGCCAAGGAGGCUGCCGCCGCCGCCGCCAUCGACGCCGGCGAGUCGGCCUAG